AUGAUGUUCCCUAAUGCACUUGCGCCUCCCGCUAUAUGCCCAGGUCUUCUUAGACCGCCGGCGGGUCUCUCUCUGCCCCAGUCCUUGCAUUCAGCUUUCCCCGCCCACUCGAGUUUUUUGGUGGAGGACCUGUUGCGGAUCAGUCGGCCGGUGAGCUACUUCCACCCGACGAUUCCCUCACCCAGCGUGUCUCCCCUGGCAUCAGGAGCCACCACGCUGACCUGCAGCCAUCACACUCACCAAGCUGUCAUCUCCACUUUAGCACAGACAAGGACGGGUUCUCCUCAGACCGCACUCUCCAUCAACCACGACCCUAACUAUCUGAAGUUUGGAGUUAAUGCCAUCCUAGCACCAUCAACGAGAAACGCAUCGUCUCCACGUUUAAUGCAUCAUGCUAUGCACGCAAAAGCCUUCCCUCUGCCAUAUUUUGACUGUUCGUUUCAUCCCUUCAUCAGAGCAUCAUAUUUUCCAGCAUCCUCUUCAGUGGUUCCUAUCCCCGGUACAUUUUCAUGGCCGCUGGCUGCAAGAGGAAAGCCCAGGAGGGGGAUGCUACGACGGGCAGUGUUCUCUGAUGUCCAGCGCAAAGCCCUGGAGAAAAUGUUUCAGAAACAGAAAUACAUCAGCAAACCAGACAGAAAGAAGUUGGCUGCAAAACUUGGGCUUAAAGACUCACAGGUGAAAAUCUGGUUCCAAAACCGAAGAAUGAAAUGGCGCAAUUGCAAAGAGAGGGAGUUGUUGUCGUCCGGAGGUUGCCGGGAGCAAACCCUUCCGACUAAGAUGAACCCCCACCCUGACCUCAGUGACGUCGGGAAGAAGUCUUGCGAGGAGGAGGUAGACGCGUUCAGCCCGCGCGCGGCCUUCUGCCGCUCUCCAUCAGAGCGCGAACUUUUGAACAGUGUGGAGUCGCACCUCUCUUCGCCUUGCAACUCCAGCAAGCACUCCGACUUUUCAGAAUCAGAGGAGGAAGAGAUUACAGUGUCUUAA